AAAGACCGAAGAGAGAGAGAGAGAGGGUUGCCAUUAGCAGGGAGGGAAGAACAAGGAAAAGAGCAAGAGUAGUGACACACUGUUGAGGCUAUAAUGAUAACUGUGAUGGCUAACAAACGGAGACAAGAAGGAGAGAUAGAAAGAGGGUCAUGGUCUGAUCUCCCUAUAGAUUUGUCAAAUGAAAUCAUAGGGCGACUUUACCUCUUCGACCAAAUUCGUUUUCGCGGCGUCUGUAAGAGGUGGCGACUCGCAGAUUGUGUUCAACCUGCACAUAAAUUACCUUGGCUGAUGACUCAUAGUUGGGGGUGGGACAGCAUUGGCAAUAUCUUGAGUGAAUGUAAAUUCCAUUGUCCUCCCCCGGACCGAACUUUCACCAAAGAGCAUAAAAUGGAGGUAGAGAACUGGGAUGAUUUAUUUGGUGCUUCAGUUUGUGCAUCAAAAUGUGGUUGGUUGCUUUUACAGAGAUCCGAAAAAGUGUUUUGUUAUAAUCCAUAUACGGAGGAGAUUCUCAAACUUCCUGAUAUGGAUAUCAGCUUCAAUAGAUCUACAUUCUCCUCAAUUCCAACUUUGCCAGAUUGUGUUUUCUUUGCCUUGUAUAGUUCAAAGGGUAGCAACAGAAUCCGUAUUAGCAUUUGCCAUCAUGGUGAUCUACAAUGGACAACACAUACUUAUGAUGGGCUUUCGCUGGCAAUAGAGGAUGUAGUUUACAGCAAUGGAACUUUUUAUUGUGUUUUUAGUGGUGGAGUGUUGGGGGCAUACUCUGUUGCUUCUCAAGAGUGGAAAUUACUUACAGAUAUGGGGCCAAUCACAGGUGUAACAUUUCGAUCCAGGAUCCAAAUGGUUGAAUCUGAUGGGGACCUUUUGUUGGUAUGUCCUUCUGAGAGCUUUCAUAUUUUCAGGUAUGAUUGGUCACUGAUGGCUUGGGUCAAGGAAAAUAGCUUAGGGAACAAAGCAUUACUUCUCGGUUGUACUUCGUAUUCAGUUUCGGCAGUGAAAGAAACAUCAGCUUUAGCGGACAGGAUCUAUUAUCAUGGUGACAUGAACACUUGCUUCUACUCCCUCAAGACCCAUAGCCGUCACAAAUGUUCUGAAUUCUAUCCUUGGGUAACUCGGCGUGGGCCUGAAAAAAUCUGGAUUGAACCCCCUCAGGUUUAGAUCUUUUUCACUGUGGUGGUUAUGUCUUGUUGGUUUAGUAGUAUUACUUAAAUGUGAAUUUAUAGAGAAGAUAUGACUAUUCAACCAUUGUGUACCUGAAUGGGUUACUUCUUGUUUUGUACUAAUAAGAUUGUUCUGUAAAUGUUAUUUUCUUAUCUAUCUAUCUACUGAUUUGGC